UACAGACCGUGGUCCUGCAGGCGUCUCCGUUGCAUAGAAACGAAACCUGUUUGGGACGUAGCGCAUCUACAACCGUCUACUAUUUCUGUAUCUAGAUAAGUGGAGAAAACCUCCCACCUUUUUCUUGUAUGACAGUCAGACAUACUAACCGACAUAAACAGGUGCAGUCAUGGCUAAUUCCGUUAGCGGCUCUAGGAUAUGAGUCGUUGUCCUUCUGUUGCCUGGAGUGAGCCAGAUUUAAAUGCAAACACUGGCGUUUUCUGUACUGUUCUUAUUUUCAGGGAUUUUAUUUAUUUAUUAUCAAAUUAAGCACCGAGAAACCAGUUCAAUAAGGAAUUUAAAAAGAGAGAGCCAAAUCACAAGAUGUUAACGUCAGCUAACCGGUGGCAAGCUAGCUAACGCAGUCGUUUGUAGCAGACCAUUACAAACCCCUGCUGGAGCUUCAUUUAAUUAUUUUCAGUCGUCUAUACAAAAAUUACAAAAGAAGCUGAGAAACAUGGCCGAGGACGUUGGCGACAUUCCUGAAGUGGACCAGAAGAAAUACGAUACAGACGAACAAGUUAAAAUUAUCUGUCUUGGAGACAGUGCAGUUGGCAAAUCUAAGUUGAUGGAGAGAUUUCUUAUGGAUGAAUAUCGUCCCCAGCAGUUGUCAACCUAUGCUUUGACUCUUUACAAACACACAGCAACUGUAGGAAACAAGACGGUUGCGGUUGAUUUCUGGGACACUGCUGGUCAGGAGAGGUUUCAGAGCAUGCAUCCUUCAUACUACCACAAAGCACAUGCAUGUAUCAUGGUUUUUGAUGUUCAAAGGAAGAUCACCUAUAAGAAUUUAGCCAACUGGUACAAGGAACUGAGAGAGUACAGACCAGAAAUACCCUGUUGUGUUGUCGCCAACAAAAUUGACGCCGACAUGAAAGUGACACAGAGAAUCUUCAACUUUGGGAAGAAACAAGGGCUGCCAUUUUACUUUGUCUCUGCAGCCGAUGGGACCAAUGUAGUUAAGAUGUUCAGAGAGAUGAUCAAGAGAGCCGUAGACUACAAGCAGAAUCCCAGUGACUUCAUGGAUGAAGUAAUGCAAGAAUUAGAGAACUUUGAACUGGAGAAGAAAGAGGAGAACUCAGAAGCAGAGGAGGAUGAACUGAAAGCAGAGAGCCCACAGUUGAUUUGAAAAAAUGUUUUUAAAUAAAGCAUCCAAAUCCUCAGGUCAUCUAAUGGUUAUAUCCUGCUAUAAAUCAGUGUCAGAGGUCUCUGAUUCUCCUUCAGUUACACCGUCAACAGACCAUCAAUUGUUCUUCUCUAAUUCUUGCUUUUUAAAUGAUUGGAUUGUAACUCUUGUCCUGGAAGAAGGUGCACAGUAGUUUGGGCAAGUUUUCAGUCACAGUUUUUUUUCUGUGCAGUGACAACAGCAGGGAAAUUAGUGGAGUGGAAUGAUGAGGAUUCAUUCUCAUCAUUCAUACUUUGAACUACAUAUCUACGAUUUAUAUUGUGGAAUGUUUGCUUGAGUAUGUAAAGAAUAACUUUAUGUAAUAAUGUGAAGCAUCAAAGACUGACAGCAAAGAGAAUGUGCAAUUAUAAUCUGUACUCGCUGCUGUUGUCAGUGUUUGUGUAUAGUAUGAUUUUCAGUGCCAGCAGGCAGCUGCAUCUGUUGGCUGCUUUACUUGCAUUAAUUUAAUUAUGUAAAUUCAUUUUUUAGCACCCUAUAAAUGAAAACUUAAUGUACCAUAUAACCAAAUGUUAUCUGACUCUUUUCAUCUUGCUUCAGUACAACACAGUCAGCAUUUUAUGAGAUACAGCUGCCAGUCACACACAAGAAAAUACAUAGGGAGGCAAAAGUUUGGGCACUCCUGAGGGUAUCUGCAUAAGAAGCUUUAAGUAUGAUAAAUUUUCAAAAGGCAUUUGAUUAUAUGUUUGUUUUUUAUAUAUAUAAUAUCCUAACAUUUGUUUUGUAUGAAGCUUUUGUGAUUUAGAAGGUGGUACCUUUUAAAGUCAGUCUUAGGUCUUCAAUAAUUAUAGAAAUAUAUUUAUCCCUCUCUUUCUUUCUUAUAUAGCAACAGAUGCUGCAGAUGGUAUUUGCUUCCAGGAUAUGCAGGGAAUAAUGGAUUAACUGAAUUCAGUUUUCUCCCUGUAAUACUGGCUGCAACACACCUGCUUAACGUCCAUGUUUUAACAUUAGGAUGGGUGACGAUCCAACAUACUUUAUGUCCAACCAUUUUUCCUCUAGAGUUCACAUUUGUUUAGAUCAGGGGGAUCAAACAUACUGUUCAUGGGCCAAAUCCGGCCCGCCAGAGGGUCCAGUCUGGCCCGCAGGAUGAAUUUGGUGAAUGUGAAAAUGACAGCAGACAUUAACUGCAAUUUUGUAAUAAAAGUAACUGCAAUUCCUAA